CUUAACACCGCACCCCGUUUUCCACCAACGCCUCGUUUCUGGUUAAGAAAGCACAAAAUUGAAGAUAGAUUACGUUGGGUAGUGUCUCAUCUGCGGUUGAAGCCUCGCAGGUAUUAGCGCCAAAACGAAGCGGACGCCGACAAUCAAAAAGAGCCUGGCGAGGGACGCAUAUACACAACGAAUUAUGUCACAGACAUGUCGGAAUAACAUAUCAGCCCCCACAUCAGUCGUGCGAUACGAGAUUUGGCAGUGUCCCAAGCUGUCAAAAACUUUUGACGUUUACCCAGAGUGAUUGACACACACCCGACCGGAGAUCGUAGAAAAACGAGAGUAAAAGAACAUGCCGCUCGCUGUUCCACGCCAAAUGUUUGUUGUGAUUAUCAAGUGACAAGACCCUCAGUUUGGCAGAACCAACUAAGCCCAGUUUGGGUGGCCAAAUCGAACACCAGAUCGUUCCUGAAUAGGGUCUUUGAGUCAAGAAAUUGCACUUUGAAAAACUGGUGUCCUGGAAAAGAUAAGUUUUCCUGAACGUAAAGGCACGAAAAUGGCGCGAAAUGGGGUGGCGUUCACUGCUCAUUUUCCCGCCAGUCAGGCAUCUCUGCAAAGCACUGCGCCGCACAGUUCCAAGAAUUUUGCAUUUACUUACGACGACUUAUACAACUGUUUGUAUCGCCACAAUGAGCUACAACUAAUCGACAUCGAAGCAUUCAAAGCACAAAGAAAAUCAAGUCAAACAGACGCGGAAAAACAAAAGGAAACGACUAACUGUGAUGCAUGUCGUUCAAAGCAAGACGCAUGUCCAGUGCACAAAGUUCCAAAUUCUGGAAGGAAACUUCUUAUUCCAGGACAGAAACAACCGGUCAAAUUUAGUUACGCCAUAGCGUCCUUUCCAGAGGAAGUGCAGCUCUGUGUGUCAAGUAUUCCUGGGGCGGGUUGUGGAGUCUGCGCAAAGCAACAUAUUCCUGUGGGCACGUGGAUUGGACCAUAUGAGGGAAAACUUGUUAAAUAUGAUGACGUUAAACCCAAUACAGACACCUCUUACAUGUGGGAGAUUUACCAAGAUGGCAAGCUCUCCCAUUACUUGGAUGCCAGCGACGAAAACACCUCGAGUUGGAUGCGAUUCAUCCGAUGCGCACGAUAUAGGGAAGAGCAGAACCUCUUCUCGUUUCAGUACUGCGGAAACAUCUACUACCGGGCUUUCAGAGAGAUAUCCGUAGGGACGGAACUUCUCGUAUGGUACGAUGAAAAAUAUCCUCAGGAUAUGGGAAUACCACUGGAAGUUCAAGAUAUGGCACUUGUGGACCCCAACGGUACCAGACUCCUUCAAGAGGUCUUAGCAGCACAAGGUCAAACGCAACCUUCAGAUCGACCGAUCAACACCAGGCAAUUUUCUAUGCCUGCAGUUUCAAGUCAGCCAACGGUUGUUUCAAUUACUCCUACGAAGACAUCUUCCCGAAAAUCACCCCUCCCUGUUCCUCGUGACAACAUGAAAGAGAGACCCUCGCCUACGUCUCCAAAUGACACUCGUAUUUCGUGGCACCACAAAGUUCCAAAUCCUACUAUUUCUCACAGCGCCAUUCCCAUAGGGAACAAUUUCGUCCAGGCUGAGCGAACUCGAAAAGUGGAGCCGGUCGCCUUAAAAGAGGAAAGGGUUGUUAUUGAGGAUUGUGAUGACGACAGAAGGUUCAAUUUAGCUGAAGGAUCAGAGAUGAGCCUUAUGAAAUGCGGUCAAUGUAGUCAGUCAUUCGCGCAGAAGAACAUGCUCCAGGUUCAUGUAUGCCCGCGUAUGCCAAGGAGACCUUACACAUGUAGCUACUGCUCUGAAUCUUUCUCCUUACCUAACGAACUGCGCACGCAUGUUGUCACUCACGCUAAUGAUAAGCCAUUCAAGUGCGGCUAUUGCUCGCGCACAUUUGCUGGAGCGACAACGCUAAACAACCAUAUCAGGACACACACGGGAGAGCGACCAUUUCUUUGUGAUAAAUGUGGCAAAUCUUUCACACAGGCAUCCCAGCUAAGCAAACAUCAACGAAUUCCUCACGAAUGCAAGUACUAGGUCUGUAAUUUAGUAUCACUGUUGUUUAGGAAUUUCAUCGCCUACAGGACACGUAUUUUCAUUUAGCCUUUUUGACGACAGGAUUUUUAAUCUUCACACGAUGAAAACUCUAUAUCAACAUUUCUUGAAAUCUUUAAAAUCAGAUAAUUUGAUCCUUAUUUACAGCGUAAGUCUUGAGGUGAAUUACUGUGAUGGCUCGCUUAAAAUUUUGGCGCGUUUUGUAGCAAUGUUUAUCUUCAACAGGUGCUGGCAAGCGCAACUGUACAAAACUUCAAUUGUCCGAGAAUGAGACAUAAUUUAAGCCGACGCGACUUCUUCACUAACUGAUAGUUGAGUGUUAUGAUUCUGUAUUCGAAAUUUGCUGGUUAUGUUUUUUAUUUGAAAAAAUCACCACAAUGGUCACUUCAUAUUUUAUUUGACCCGCAAGAUAUUUACUAUCAAAUUUCUUUUUUCAUAUCUGACAUAUGGUUUUCUUUACACCACGAAGAAUUUUUUAUUGCUAAGACGAUGAACCGCGCAUCAAGCGAGGAGUAUAAAGAAAUGUAAAAACAAUAUGUACAUUGAAAUGUGUAAAUAAAUAGAUAAAUAAAUAAAACAAAAG